ACUGGGAAGUGCGGUGCCGUGCCGAUGCCAAGUUUGGUGCCAAAGUGGCUUGGGAGUUACGUAAUUAUACUACUACCAUUCAUUAUGAAUUGAAGCACGAUGUGUUUGCUAGAAAAUAUUUUUUCAAGUUUAAAAAGCUCCAAAAUAUUUUUGUUUAUUUUAAUGAAUCCUUAUUUGACUCAAAAUAAUCGUUAUACAGUAGUGAAAUCUUCGUUUUCGCUCUACUGAUUACUGUUUUGUUGCAGUAAAAGGACAAGACAUUCUAAAGUAUUUAAAUAUCUUUUCAAGGCGUUAUGCAAACUUGCUAACUGCGAGGGUGUUAACAUCAAUGAACUGCAUUCUUUUACCGGUUACAACAAAAACGAACUCACUAAAAAAACAUAAAAGAACUAUUCUUAUCGGUAUGAAUUCAAUUAUUGUUCAUCAAAGAACGAACAAUGUAAACUAAAUGAAAAUUCUAAACAAUCACAGUUAAGUCCCCCAUGCGAAAGUUCACAUGUAUGUACUAAAAAAAAGCUCAGUUGUUUAAAAGUUCUUUGACUUAACAGAAACAUUUUACCAUGUCAUAGAAAAAUCGAUACGCUUUGGCAAAUUUAACAUAUUCAAAGUAUUAUUUUUAUUUUCGAGUUGAAAGGUUGCAGAUAAUUGUUGGAAAAAAGAGAACAUUUUGUAUAUAUAGUUGUUGAACUUUUACAUUUAACAAGAAAAAAACGAACGCACCUAUUGAAUAAAAAAACAAGUUUUUUUUUAAUUAAAUAAGUGGUAAUGAUUCAAAGUGAAUUCUGAAAAUAUUUCCAAAAAAAGCUGACAUUUACAAGUUAUAUAGAAAUGUCGAAGGUGAUCACAAUGCCGUGAUGAAUGAAGACGUCGGCAAAGGUGAUAUUAAAGAUGGUAGUGGUGAUGUUGCUGUGGACGAUGUUGUUGUUGUUGAUGCUGCUGAGGAUGUCUACGAAGAUGCUGCUAGUGAUGUUCUCGAAAUUGCUUCUGAAGAAGAUGCUGUUAGUGAUGCUGAAGGCUUUGGUGAUGAUGAGGUGUUUGUUGAAGAUGUUGUUGUUGAUGGUGAGAAAGAGCCUGUCGUAGAAGAACCUAUUGCUAAAUCGAGCGGAGGAAGACCAAGAAUCUUGCGGACAGGAAAUCCAGGACGACCGAGGAAAGUUUCUGCUGUUAGUCGAGAAUAUGCAAAUAAACUCGUCUCAAGUGUUCCAGAUCCGAUCAAUGUGAAAGAAGCUUUAGAAAGUGCUAACGCCAUGAAGUGGAGAGAUGCCAUGAGAAAAGAAUAUUCUUCGUUGGUCGAGAAUAAUACAUGGGAUCUAGUUAGUGAACCAAAACACCAAAACAUCAUCGGUUGUAAAUGGGUAUUUGCAACAAAACGAAAUGCAGAUGGAGAAGUAGAGAAAUAUAAGGCACGUUUGGUCGCCCAAGGCUGUUUUCAGAAAGAAAACGUGGAUUAUUUCGAAACUUAUUCACCGGUUUUGCGACAUCCUACUAUUCGUUUAAUUUUGGCGCUUGGUGUUCAGAACCAACUUUUUAUAAAUCACAUUGACAUCGCAGCUGCUUAUCUCAAUGGAGAUUUAGAAGAGGAAGUAUAUAUGCACCAGCCGGAGGAGUUUGUAGACCAGAAUCAACCGGAGAAAAUUUGUAAGCUUAAAAAAUCUCUAUAUGGCCUAAAACAAGCCGGAAGAGAUUGGAAUCGGAAGAUUAACGAUGUGUUGGUAAGCAUUGGUUUUGUGAGAUGCAAAACAGAUAGCUGCGUGUAUGUUUUGAGAAACAGCCAACAUAUGAGUAUAAUUGGAUUAUACGUUGACGAUUUAGUAAUAGCUUACUCAUCAGAAGCAGUCUUUUCCGAUAUCAUGCAAAAUUUGAAUAGUCAUGUGGAGGCUAUUGAUCGUGGACCAAUCAAAUUUUAUCUUGGAAUGGAAAUCGAGAGGGAUGGCCCACAAGGAAGUAUAGCUGUUCACCAGAGACGAUAUAUUGAAGACCUGUUAACUCACUGGGGUAUGGAAAAUUGUAAACCUGCAUCUACACCACUCGCAAGUGGAACCGUCUUAGAAAAAUGUUCUAAAGACAACUGUGCUGCUGUGAACAUCAAAGAUUAUCAAUCGCUUAUGGGAGCAUUGAACUACUUGGCGACAAUUUCAAGACCUGACCUUACUCAUGUUGUCUCUAAGAUGUCGCAGUUUUGUUCUCAUCCGCACCACGAGCACUUUAUAGCAGCGAAGCACAUACUUCGAUACUUAAGAAGCGAUUCGAAGGUUUGUUUAAAUUAUAAUGGUAAUAAUGAUUUAUUUUGUUAUACAGAUGCUGAUUGGGGUUCAGACGCAACUGACCGCAAGUCUUACAGUGGUUACGUUGUGUAUUUUGGCGGAGGUCCCGUAGCUUGGGAAUCCAAAAAACAGCAUGUAAUAGCACUAAGUACGAUGGAAGCGGAGUACAUUGCUAUGUGUCAAGGUGCAAAAGAAGUCGUUUUUCAAAGAAGCUUGCUUGCUGAAAUGGGUUUCCUGAAAUAUUCCAAAGAAGCAACUACCAUGUACUGUGACAAUCAAGGUGCCAGCUUUUUUGCAAAUAAUGAAAUUACACAUAAACGUAGUAAGCAUAUUGACAUACAAUAUCAUUAUUUAAAAGACAAAUGUUCGAAAAAUAUAAUAUCUAUUUCUUAUGUACCAACCAAUAAUAAUUUAGCUGAUAUAUUUACGAAGUGUUUAAACAAAAAUAAGCAUAUUGAAUUGUCAAAGAAAUUAUUUAAAAUUUAAUGAAUUUCGUUUAUAUAAAUUUUUUCAUUGCGAGUUUUGGUUGAGAUGGAGUUUGUCAGAAUGGCAACCCUAAUUCUAUUGUUCUAUUGUAUUAGCAUAUACUUUUAGUACCUAUGUUACACAUAAUUAUUACUAGUUAAGUCACUUGAAUAAAAACCACUCUUGAAGUAAGUCGCGCUCUUCUUUUACUUUGCCUUUCCACUUGUUCUCGCUUACAUCAAAAAACCAAUGAUAGAUGGAACCUUUUAGAAACCUGCGGUCACACCAGGAAACUAUGGCCGAACUUCGACGAGAAAAAAUCAAAUAAGAUCUUACUACUUAGUAAGCUUUACUUAAGAUCCCUAAUAGGCGUCUUAACGGGUCAUAACCUACUAUGAUACCACAAAAAGUAAAUGGGGCUUAGUACGGAUGAUCUAUGCAGAGGCUGCGGUAAUGAGGACGAACAGGAAAACACUGUUCACUUCCUCUGUCACUGCCCACCACUCUGUCGCACUAGGAAAAAAUUCUUAGGAAGUUACUUCUUUAAUGAAUUAGAAGAACUAUCGGAACUCUCAGGCAAUAGCCUACUGAAAUUUGUCAAGUCCUCUAAAUGGCUUGAACAACCAUAGCAUUCAUAGGUUCACACUUUUCAAUGAAGUUACAAUACUUCAGGGUAUCACAAGGGAUCUACAUUGAUCUAAGUGUGACGGUAACAAAAUCAACUGUCAGCCCAUAUAACCUAACCUAACCUAUAUAUGAUUUAUAGAACUGUUUUAUACAUAUAUAGAAUUAAAGGUUAUACAUUAAGCUAUUUAAUAAUUGCAAAAAAGUACAUGUCACUAUUGAAUAUUUUGAUAUUUCGAUGUGCCAAAGGCCUUGCUUAAAAAAAUCACCUUUUGAGAAGUAAAUACCUAAUAUGUAUUAUUUUUUUAACAUAGAAAAAGAUUUUUAAUACAGAUUUAUAGACAAGAGGAAUACCUUUCAUUUGAUACUAAUAUUAUUAGUGUACAUCCAUUAUUACGCAUUCUAAGAUUAAUUGUUCGAAAAAAUAGCUGAAAUCUUGAUUGUGAAAUCGGAAACUUCAAACUCAAAUAUCUCCAAAACCCCAUUAACGAAUUUGAAAAUAUUUUACCCAUGUAAUGUGCUUAUCGUCACCUUUCAUUUGAUACCAAUUUCGUUAGUGCACACACUGGGCCCAAAAAUGUAUUCGAGGAAAAUACAAAAAAAAAACAUUAAUAAAAUAAAUAAAUAGAUACAAAAAAAUAAUUACAUAAAUAA